AUGCCAGCUACUGGAGCAAGCAAAACGCAGAUAUUGCAUAUGUAUAAAGAGUUCAUCAGGAACGCGAGCAAGAUACAGAAUUACAAUUUCAGAGAGUAUUUUUUAAGAAGGGCAAGAGAGUCAUUCCGUGCCAAUAAGAACGUUGAAAAUCCUGAAAAGAUCAGCGAAUUGCUUUCUGAGGCAGAAAAAGACCUUGGUGUAUUGAAGAGGCAAUCUGUGAUCUCUAACAUGUACACAUUUGAUAAAUUAGUGGUUGAGCCUCUGAAGAAGCGUUAG